AUGAAUCAGCUUCUGUUCGUGUUUGCGUUUCUGUGCCUUAGCACAGUGUCGUCGUUUACCAUUCCAGUGCGGCACUCAGACCAACGGGCAGUUUUGGUGUUCGCAGGCACCAAAGAAGACGAAAUUGCAGCAUUGGAAGAAAAGCUGCGCAGGUUAAAAGAAGACGAGGAUCAAAAGAUGAAAGAAGAGGACCUCAACGUAUUUGCCGCCGAUCAGAGGACGCUGGAAAGAGUACGAGGAAAAGACAUGCUGUUGUCCGAGCAAGAACUAAUCGAAGCUCAAAUAAUGGAAAAGCAAGACGACAGCGAUGGCAACAUAGUUCCCAAAGUUGCGGCUGCUUUGGGGCUAGCUGUAGCCUUGCUUCUAUUUGCGCAAAUCCCUGUUGGUCAAGAGGAUUAUCAAAAGUACUCCGUGUCUGGUUCGUCAACUGUGCGAACAAUUGAUCUUGGAGACUUAAACAGAGAUGUAUCGCGCCCGUAG